AUGCCCGCGCCCCGUGGGCCCCGCCUGUGCUGGAGCCUCCUGGCCCUAGGGGCCUGCCCCGGCCUGCUGGCAGUCGGCGUGUCCGCCGGGCGCGCGGUGGGAGACACGUGGCUCGUGGACAGCACGCUCGCGAUCCAGAUCGGGUCGGCCGACCAGACGGCCGUCUCGGGAUACUUAUCCAAGCUGACAUUCGUGCUGAUCGGAAUCGAUUACACGUCGCUCAGCACAGACAGCGCGGCUGUGGCUUCCCUGUCCCAUUCCAUCGCCGCCGACGUAUGCACCGGCAUGGCGCUGCAGCCUUUUGACUGUCAUGUGACGCUCUCGGCUGCAUCAUCUGGUGGCAAAGAAGUAGCUGUCGAAGUCUCCAUUCCCGAGAGCUCCCAGGCGGCAGCUGAGCUUAACACCGCCAACCUCGACUCGAUGGCAGAGUCAAUAAUGCCAGGUGUGGUUUCGGCCGCAGGAGUCGACCCUGACGUCACAGCUCACGGGGCCGCCACUGGCUACGAGCUCAUUUCAGUUUCGACCGAGCACGAUUUCUUCAAAUUUUCAGACGCUGCCGCGGUAGGGGACCCGCACCUGUCGAGCGUCACCGGGCAGAAGUUCGACGUCAACAUGCCUGGCAGCCACGUGUUGAUCAGGGUUCCCCAGGACUGGCGGUUGCCGGCCAAGCUCGAGCUGAACGCCACCCUCCUGGCCUCCGCGCGGGCCCCUUGCGGCCUCUAUAUCAAGGGCCUCGAGCUCGGCGGAGAGUGGCUGGGCGGCCAGGUGGUGAGCGUGGUGCCACUCCAGCGCGACGCCGAGGGCCAGAACGGCGCGGGCAGCAGAACGCUGCGCGAGUUCUCCGUGCGGGUCGGGACCUCGCGCGAGGCCCCAGGCGAGUACGAGGAGUGGGGCAGCCUCGGCAAGGCGGGCCGCAGCCUCUCCGGCCGCGUCCGCCUCGUGCCCGCGUGGCGGCAGGUGUACGCCGACGCCGAUCGGCCGCAGGAGGCCAAGGCCUUCCACCUCGUGCGCGCCGCCGAACGUACGGGGCGACGGCGCGGGGCAGGGUGCCACGCUGGAGGCGGCCCAGGCGGCGCACCAGGCCCUCGACUUCAGCGCGGGCGGCCUGAAGAGCCUGGGCUUUGCGAGCCUAGGCGGCCUCCUCGGCACGGAGGGGCACGACAGGCAGAUCGAGCAGCUCUCUGA